AUGGCAAAGGCAGUGCAGGGGCAUAGGAGGUUUGAAGGAUUUCGAAAAACCAUCAACCCUGACAGAUUGAAUUUUGUUAGACUGGUCGAUUUAUUGGAUGAAGGCGCUAUUUCUUGGGAAGACUAUACCACAGAGGUGAAGAGGCUACACUCCAACAGAAUUGGAGAACCAUACCUCAGAGAAGCAGGGGAAACACCAAGACUAGAGGAGAACUUUUAUGCAAAUCCCUAUCCUGGUUGUAUUUGUAAUAGAUCUCAGGGGCAAAUUAUUAGUAGCCUGCAACUUGACCGGAGACCAAGUCCAAGGGCGGCCUCCCAACGAUAG